AUAAUAAUUGCUCGAAAGAAUUGAGACUCUCUCUCAGUCCGGGUAAAAAAUAAGAGAAAAAAAAAAAAAGAAAAAGGAAAGAGAGUGUGGUCGCAGGCAGCAGGCAGCAGGCAGUGGUGAGACCCCUCACUGUACGAAUAGUAAUGGCAGCGAUUAGUGUUGUUGCAGAAGAGAGAGAAAAUGAGGCAGCGAAAAAGGACGGAGAAGAUGAUGAAACGAAAGCGAUCCUGAGAGCGGUUUUUGUUAAAUCGAGGGAUCACAUUUUUUCCUGUUUCACCUGCACAAGCACAAGCACAAGCACAAUCACUUCCUGCUUCAGUCUCCUAGCUAGCUACCUACCUAACUAUGAUUCCUAUUCUCAUUUCAUCGCUUUCCCCGCAAAAAAUCCUCCUUCAUUUCACUUUAAUAUUCCCCUCCGACUAGGAUUCCCAGUUACUUUUGUUAAAUAAUAAUAACAAUCAAUGGAUUAUAAAGAUGUUGCCAUGGCCAAUAAAAAUUUGAUCGGUGAUGGUGCGGUGGAUACCGGAGAUGAGCUGUACAGGGAGCUUUGGCAUGCGUGUGCGGGUCCUUUGGUGACGGUGCCGAGGCAAGGAGACUUGGUUUUCUAUUUUCCUCAAGGCCACAUAGAGCAGGUUGAAGCGUCGACGAAUCAAGUUUCUUAUCAGCAAGUGCCAGCUUAUGAUCUUCCGUCUAAAAUACUCUGUCGUGUCGUCAACGUUCUGUUGAAAGCUGAAUCAGACACCGAUGAAGUGUUUGCUCAGGUGACUUUGCUUCCUUCACCCAAACAAGAUGAGAACUCGGUGGAGAAGGAAGGAGAGGUGGUUCCCCCGCAACCGCAACGUGCUCGCGUGCAUUCAUUCUGCAAGACUCUUACGGCUUCAGAUACGAGCACUCAUGGGGGAUUUUCUGUGUUGAGGCGUCAUGCAGAUGAAUGCCUGCCUCCUCUGGAUAUGUCCAAGCAACCUCCCACUCAAGAGUUGGUAGCCAAGGAUUUACACGGGAAUGAGUGGCGUUUUCGCCACAUAUUUCGAGGUCAACCAAGGAGGCAUCUACUUCAAAGUGGUUGGAGUUUAUUUGUCAGCUCCAAAAAACUUGUUGCAGGUGAUGCUUUUAUUUUCCUCAGGGGUGAAACUGGAGAGCUUCUUGUAGGGGUGAGACGGGCUAUGAGAAAGGCAAGCAACAUUUCUUCUUCAGUAAUAUCAAGUCAGAGUAUGCAUAUUGGAGUCCUUGCAACAGCAUGGCAUGCUUUUUCAACUGGUGCUAUGUUCACUGUCUAUUACAAACCGAGGAUGAGUCCUGCUGAGUUUAUUGUUCCAUUUCAUAAGUAUAUGGAAUCUAUCAAAAACAACUAUUUAAUAGGAUUGAGGCUCAAAAUGAGGUUUGAAGAUGAAGAGGAUUCUGAACAGAGAUUCUCAGGAACUGUGAUUGGAUAUGAAGAUGUUGAUCCCAUCAGAUGGCCUGGUUCAAAAUGGAGAUGCCUCAUGGUGCGUUGGGAUAAGACUUCUCCAUUUCAUCGCCCUGACAGGGUCUCCCCUUGGAAAAUAGAAACGGCUUUGCCUUCUGUUGUCGAUGUCCUUCCAAAUUAUCGACUGAAAAGGUCCCGUGCAAACAUGGCAUCAUCACCUGUUGACACAUUGGUUCUUACAAGGGAAGGUUCAUCAAAAACUGCCAUGGAUUCUUCACCAGAAAAUGGGUUUCCUAGAACCUUGCAACGUCAAGAGAGUUUGAAUCAAGGAGAUACCAUAGCAGAGAAUAAGUACCCAUUGCGAGGACAGAAUCAAGCUGAGGCAGGUUUUGGUAAGCGACGACUUGCACCAGAAGAAAGGAUUCCACAAGUGAUUCAUGGAGAAAAGAAAAUGAAUCCGGCUCCAGUUUCUUGGACCAUCCAAAAGUUCAAUGAAUUUGGUCAGCCUUCUGUUGAGCAGAACUCUUCCAACAUUGAUCAACUGAAGACAGAUAUAUUUGACAAGGGACGCAUAAUUAAGUUGCUUGGAUGUCCACAGCCCAUGAUGCACUCGAGUCCUCCAGUUAACAUGUUUGGAGCAGAAGAAAUGAAGAUACAGUACCAGGAUUAUUUCCCUGUUAGAUCUGGAGCACUUGGGCGUUACAACAGAAAACAUGGUUCUGACUUCCAGCAGCAGGCUGGGAAGUGGUUGUUACCUUUGCUGCCAAUAACUCAAACUGGAAAGUUACCUCAUGUAGAUCUCCUGAAUUCACAACCUUUGUCUUCACAGCUAAAGGAUAGGGUAAAAUCUAAAGGAGAUGGCAUCUGCAAACUUUUUGGUAUACCCCUUGUCAACAAUACAAUUCCAGUGGAACUAUCUCUACAACAUACAAAUUCAAUGCCCAAGCUACUCAGACAAACCAUUGCAUCAGACAAUCUACAGGACUCAGGUUGUGAUCUGAUGUCAAAGCAAUCAACAUGUUCCAAGUUUGAUGAGAUUGCACUAGCAGAUGAUGAACGGGGGAAGCCUGUUCACACGACAGAGCAGCUUCCUGAAGAUGUUGUGGAAAAAUUUCAGGGUGGUUCAGCCAGAACUUGCAUUAAGGUUCACAAGCAGGGGAUUGCUGUUGGAAGGUCAGUGGACCUGACCAAGUUCAGUGGCUAUGAUGAACUGAUAGUGGAACUAGAUAGGAUUUUUGAAUUUAAUGGUGAAUUAAUCACUCCCAACAAGAAGUGGCUGGUUGUAUUUACUGAUGAUGAGGAUGAUAUGAUGCUUGUAGGGGAUGAUCCCUGGCAUGAAUUUUGUACGAUGGUUCGAAGGAUCUUCAUCUACACCCGAGAAGAGAUAAAGAGGAUGGGCACACAGCCCUUCAAUCCCAAAGUAGAAGAAAAUUCACUUGGCCAAGACCUGAAAACAGGUUUACCAGGGUUCCAUAAUUUGAUGCAUUCUGCUAGUGUUAGUGGCUAGGAGGGACUCAAUUUUGUGUACAUGCUUUUGGGGAAGGUGAAGCGGCAAGUAUGUAAUUCUGUAGACUUUUCUUUCUCCAAGAGAAACCGAAUUUCCCUUCAUAGAAUGUUAUUCUAAAUGAAUUUGAAUGCAAAAUGUGAAAGCUUCUUUAAUUUAUUCCAUAUCAAAGAUCUUCCAAAAUGAUAUAAUGAGUCAAAGUUGUAGGGACCAAAUAUACAUUCGUCUUUGUUAAUAUGAAGAAGUUUCCAUUUUGGAGUCCUUAGAUCUGAGUGGUAAAAGAUGAGAGGGUUAUGCUGCAUGUGUUGAUUUCAAAAAGUAAUCAUAUAAGGCCUUUUUUUUUUUUUUUUUUGGUUUUAAAUAAUAAUAAUAAAUAAAAUAUCUCUUGCUCCAGCAUCUAGUUGUAUCAUGUCUCUCAAUUGGUGAACCCCUAAUUUUCAGCUGACUUGUGACAUACUUUCUGCUGAAAACAUCUUGGCUUGUGAUGUUUCAUUUUCUUUUCAGCCCUCUAUCCCUAAGAUCAAUGUUAGUCAUUGUCUAAGUUGUGGAGAUUUAA